GGCCUCGAUUUGGCACAUUUUGAAUUUGUUGACGUUUGGAAAGCAUAAAAGUGUGCGAAGAGUCUUCAAAAUGGCAAGUGAUGCAAGCAGAAAAACCAAAAAGUCAACUCAGCUUCUAAGCAAAGAGGAGGAAUAUCUACGUCUAAAUGCAGAAUUGGAAGAAAGAACUGCCAGUUUGAUAAACGAAGCAGAAAGUGUUCUGAGAGGCCAAGAAAAAUAUCUGGAAGGAAAGCAUGAUGUUGCAGAAUCAUCAAGUAUAAAGUCUGGGGAUUAUUCCAGUGAUUCAAAAUCUCAAAUCAAGUCUCGUACUGCUCAAAGACCAAGUUCAAGCCAGCUAAAGCCAAAGAAAGCACCAGUUCAAGGGCGAUCAAAAUCACAUACUGGUUUCAACAAAACAACAAGACAAGGAAGCGCUUCAAGUAGCAGACCAAACAGCAAGGCCUCCAAUCCGGCUUCAUUCAUGACACAAAAAGAUGACAGCGAUUUAUCGAUGGACCUAUUGCAAGACAGAAUUGAGCUUGCUCACAAAAUCAGUACCUUGGAGCAAGAAAUGGCUGACGAACAUUACACGCCAUCCCGAAUGAAUGAGGAGGUUAUUCCAGAAGUUGCAAACGACAUGAAUCCAGAGGCUGUUAUUAGAUUUUUAAAGGCAAAGCUUAGAGUUAUGCAAGAAGAAAUGGACAGGGUUUCAUCAGAUAACAGCAAAUUGCAUGGGAACAUCAAAAUGUCAGAUCAGAAGUUGAAAGAACUAGCUGAAGAGCACCAACAAGCCAUAAAAACAAAGACAAAUUUACAGAAUCAAGUUGAAAAAUGGAAAAAGAUGUAUGAUGAAGCGAAGCAAAAAAAUUCAGAAAGUGAACAACAAGUUUCUCAACUAAAAAAGGACUUAGAUUCGAUAAAAAGAGAGAAAAAGCAAUUAUCUGCAAACAUGAGCACAUUGGAAGUCAGGUUGAACAGAGCGUUGGAAGAUACAGAGAAGAACAGAGUUGCGUUGCAGAGAGCAAAGGAAUCAACCAAGGACAUGAGUGAGCAAGAAAGAAAAAGAAUUGAUCAAGUCAUUGCGGAUAACAAACGUCUUGAAAGACAGAAAAAUGAACUCAUGAACGCGUUUAAAAAACAAAUGAAGCUAAUUGACAUCUUGAAGCGCCAAAAGAUGCAUAUCGAAGCUGCAAAAAUGCUGCAAUUUACUGAAGAAGAAUUCGUCAAAGCAUUGGAUUGGAAUUCGUGAUUUAUUCAUUUUGGAGCCAGUUUUAUUGUAUAACAGAACGAAAGCCGAAGUGUUACAGAAGCUGAUUCGUACACUAUUAAAUAAUUGGUGACUUUUUUGCUUUUAUCGAUCCUAGGACCAGGCACGCAUUAACGGUUAAACCCAUUGUUAUUAAACUUUUCUUCAAUGAAGAAAAGGCAAGACAUUUAUGAUGAAAACAUCUUGAAGGAAAUGAUCUUAGAGUUGACAGACAGUGCUCGCUGAGGCAUAUGUUUUGCCUUUGAAAUAAUUUAUUUGUGCAUGGAUUAAGGACACAGAUUUCUGAGUUGCAAUCGAAUUCGUUGUUCUUGAUUUUGCUGGAUAAUUUUUGAUUUUAUUAAAUCAAUACGGGGCUGUGCUGUAA